AUCCGGUUUCCGAACCAAUGGCAAGCGGUACAAAACAUAAACAUCUGUAGAUUAUAGGUUAAAUGGUUUUAUAAUAACAAAUGUGGGAAGUUUUCAAUUAAGAUGAGCAACCUGCUGAACUUUGCCCUGCGUCACGGCGCCAAUUCGGUCAGGCGCAUUAAUCUACAAAGCCUUAGACUGACAGUACCGGCUAUUAUUAGCAAAUCGCCGGUUUGUCCAGCGAUAAAGAGGUUCUCCUCCCAAGCGGCCCCAUUCGAUGUGAACACUAGUGUGCCCAAGGAUAUAAUUCUUUUUAAAUAUGAGAACCCGCGCUUCUACCAGAUGCUGAACUUUUUUGGCGUCUGCCAAUUCGUUUUCUGGACAUAUCUCUCGCAUUUUGCCUUUACAACGCUAAAGGAUGCACCAGUUGUAGAGAAGCCCGGAGAGGAUCUCAAGUGGUUCCAGCGCAUAAAUCUUGGAGAUAAUAAGUACAGAAAUGGCAUCACAGUCUGUAGUUUUCUAAUAGGAUACGGUAUUCUAUUUGCUGUCUGGAUGUUCACCCUUCGUUCGGUUCGAUUUCUUAUCCUGAGAAAGGGAGGUCAAAGUGUUUCUUUUGUGACGUAUGGACCCUUUAACCGAAAUCGAAUUAUGACAGUUCCUUUAAAGUGUGUUUCUGCCGAAGAAUCAAGAAAUUUGGCCAGGGUGCAACUUCCCAUAAAAGUCAAGGGAAAAACCUUGUACUACGUCUUGGAUAUGCGCGGCGAGUUCCGGAAUCCCCAGUUGUUCGAUUAUACGGCGGGUUUAAAGAGGCGCAUAUAAAAAAGCUAUUGUUAUUUUUUAACUUAUAAUUUGUAAAUAAAGAUGUACACUAAUUAAAA